AUGCUGAGCUCCUGUGUUUUCGAGCUUCAGAUUGAUCUGUCGACGCAGCUGAGCUACUUCAAGGAGGUGGAAGAGUCGCUUAGGGAGAAGUAUGGAGUUGCAGGGGCAAGAAAUGUGCUGGGAAGUGCGGUUUAUUUGUUCAGCGUUGGAGGCAAUGACUACGUACAGUUUUACAUGUCGAAGCCAAAUGCCACUCAGUCCGAUCGAAGGGCUUACGUAGGGGAAGUAGUUGGCAAUAUCACGGCCGUGUUAAGCGUAAGAGAUAUACAGGUUGGGAGGAAGGAAGAUUGGGUUCUAGAACGUCGGGCCCAUAGGGUGUCUCCCGGGGAGCACGUAAAGAGCCCGAACGCUAGCAAAUGGUGCGCCAAGAAGCUCCUGGCGCACUCCCGGCUCCACAAUAGGAUGCUGGCCAUUGCCCUCAGGAAGUUAGAGGGCUAACCGCCCGGAUUCAAGUACUCCAUCUUUGAUUACUACAACUCCCUCAAAGACAAAAUCUUCAAUCCUUCAAAAUAUGGUUUCAACUUUCAAGGAUGGGCAGGGGGUUUGUGGCAGCAGUGGGCCCUACAGAGCAAUGGGCUGUGGUGGUGGGGCCGGCAACGUGGUUCGAUGGGGGCCACAAAACCCACAGAACCAAUUACCAGUUAGCUCAGGUCAUGUGGAGUGGGCCCUCCUCUGUCACCGCCCCGUACAACCUCGGGCAGCUCUUUGUGAAUUAAUUAAUACAAAAAAGUUC